GCUCUCAGUCGUUCGCGAGCAGUCUCCAAGGAAGGAAACGUGCAAGUUAGCAGUUUACUCUCGAGUUGAGAAUUUAUUUUUUUCGUUUUUGAGUGUUACUAAGGCUAGUGUCGCCGAGUCUGGGUCCACUUGAAUUUGAUCCGUGCAUUUUUCCGUAGAAGGAACAAGAAGAAGUAGUGUUGUGUCGUCGUUUCAAAACACGCGGUUCAUCGUGCGAAACAUGACUCACGAAUGAUUGCCGCGUCGGGGAUUUACGCCAGUUAUCAAAAACCAUUAACCGUGACUAGUAGUGCGGUGGACAGUGUUCAGUGCCAUCGUCAGUGGCUGGUAGAGCCGACGGGACAUUUCGUUCUCAAGUGCAUAGGAAAAUUCGUUAAGGUGGCUCCGCAGGCCGAACAACGUGGUUUAGUGAGUCGAGCAGCCAGGUUUCACUUUCCGCCGGUGGUACUAACGGGUACGCCCCCGCCUGACAUAGACAAACACCCUUCCCCACCGCCACCGUCGUUACAACAAAUCGUUACACGUUGCCGACCGAGGGUACAAAUUUCGCCACAAGGUGUGCAACAGAAGCAAAACAGUUUUGUUUACAACGUCAGUAGCCAACAGCAGCAGCAGCAACAUGCAGAAUUUGGCCAGCAACAACUUCAGCAGCAGCAGCAGCAGCAGCAGCUCAGACAGCCAAGCUCGACGCCCGUUGUCGUUGACUCGUCGGCGCUCAUUUCCAGCUUCUGCCUAACGCCGAAACGGCGAAGCAGCGCCAACGAACUCUCGCCGUACUUGAAGGAUCACCACCAGCAGCAGCUCGCCAACGCGCAUCACUUUUCCGGGGUCGUGCAGACCAGCUGUGCGCUCGAAGGAGGUGGCGUCGGGGCGGAGCAGUGUUGUUCGCCGAGUUUUCAGACCCACCACCAGCACCACAAUCACCACGCGCAUCAUCAUAAUAGCAAUAGUAUCCACCACCAUCAUCAGCACCAGCAACAUGACACGGAGAGUGACGAGGACGAGAUCGCGCUGUAUCCACUCAACAAUCAGGUCGGCGGCCACACGCGCCUGCUGCUGUUGAACCAGAGCACCGUCAUCAAACCGUUGAACCUGCGUGAACUAGAGUUCUACCAAAACAUUCCUAGCGACAUCCAGCAGUUCGUUCCCAAGUAUCGAGGUGUUAUGCAGGCCACAACGAUGGGUGGAACCAAGCUGGAAAAACGCUACUCGCCCAGCUUCCGUGACGAUCCGGGCCGGAAGACGGCCGCCUCCAAGCGCAAACGGGAAGAAGUGCUACGGAUGAAAAUACAUAAGAACGGCAUACCGUCAGAAGUGUUAAAAAGUAUUUCACAGAUUGACAACUCCAACAAACAAUACUUCCUGAUGCUGGAGAACAUUACGUCCGCGUACCGGCAGCCCUGCAUCCUGGACCUGAAGAUGGGCACCCGGCAGCACGGGGACGACGCGUCGGCGGAGAAGCGCUCCAAGCAGAUGGCCAAGUGCGCGGCCAGUACUUCGGCCUCGCUGGGCGUUCGCCUGUGCGGCAUGCAGGUCUACCAGGCGGACAUUGACCAUUACAUGAAGAAGGACAAGUACUGGGGCCGCGAGCUCAACGAGGACGGGUUUAAGGGCGCGCUGCACAACUUCUUCCACAACGGGUUCCAGCUGCGGGUGAAGGUGAUCGCGCGGGUGCUCGAGAAGCUGGAGCAGCUGCGGCGGGUGAUCGAGAAGCAGUCCAGCUAUCGGUUCUACUCGUGUUCCCUUCUGAUCGUCUACGAGGGCUACGAGGAACCGGUAUCGCCCAGCGUCCCCGUCCCGUCCGACAACGCCUCCGACUAUCACCUGCUCGCCGAAACCGAGUCCAACUCGUACUGCUACGACGCGGACGCGUCCAACAGCUCGAUCGAGCAGUUCAAUCUGUCCUCGUCCCACGAGGAUCAGCACGCGCCGCACCUCCACGAGCACGAGCUGGACAUGGCGGCCUCGGCCCACCACCGGUUGAACGCCUCGAUGGCCACGGUCGCCGCUGCGGCGGCCAAAGCCAAGGCGAAGGCGUCUUCGACGCCGGCCGAGUCCGUCCCGUUCGUGCCCAUCUCGGAGGAGACGGUCUACCCGGGCGUUGCGGCGACCAUUCCGGCCGUUCCGAUGGGUACGCCGCAGAACGUGGUGACGAGCUCGAGUCCGCACUCGAUGGACUCGUGGAUGAACUACAGCAGCAACAGCAGCAGCGACGAUUACGCGACGGCCUUUGUGGUGCCGACGCACGUCCAGAACGAGGCCGGGGCGAGCUCGGACUUUGAGGGUGGGUUCAGCGGUCGGGUUCCGCCGGUGAGCGGCGGCGGCAGCGAGGUGGAGACAAAGUUGGCACCGCCGACGGCGACCAAGACGACGCCAGGCAGUAUUAGUAUUAGCAAUACCAAUAACAAUAGUAGUAGUAGCUGCGGAGGAGGUAAGGCUUACGACCAGUCGGACGCGGGCUACCACGAGGACGAAGAGGUGGACGAUGAUCUGGACGACGACGAGGAGGGUGCCGUUGAUGACGAUGAUCACGACGACGACGACGAGGAGGAGCAUCUCCAGGAAACGAUCGUCAGCUCGAAGCGCCACCGCGGCAAGGACUCUGGCAGCGGCGGCAGCAGCAGCAAGGUCAAACCAGCCCUGCCCCAGCAAACGUUCCGACGGAAGCUCAGCUCCAAGUCCAAGUCGUCGUCGAUCGGUGGCGUCGGCAGCGGUGGUGGCCCAGCCGCCGGAGUCUGCCCCUCGGGGUUGGCCGACGUGCGGAUGAUUGACUUUGCGCACACGACCUUCGAGAUCAAGAACGGCGGCACGUCCAUGUGCAGCCCGAGCACAAACGUCAAGGUGCACCACGGCCCCGACAGUGGAUUCCUGCGUGGCCUGGACAGUCUCAAGCGCAUCCUGGCGGAGAUUUGCCAGGAGCACUGAACAACCUUCUUACACCCGUGAAGAAAAAUAAAAAAUAUCUCUCUUUCUCAUCGUCGUCGUCGUCGUGGCUAGGGGUUCGGAUUAUGUCGUAGCAGCUGGAAGAACAAAGUUUUCUUUUUAAGGAACACAAGAAAAAACAAAAAAGCGAUCGCGCGCACUCGUUCGUUUAGAGUUACUCGAUUUCGGUUUAAGUUUUUUGUCGUCGUCGUCGUCGCGAGAGAGAUAUUGUGAUACUAAAGCAUUUUUUUCAUCCAAGGUACAUACAUUAUAAAACGUAUAUAUUUAAUAUGAAGAGAAGAGAUAAAACAAAAACAAAAACCUUUGAAAAUUAAACCCCCGAAAAUUGUAAUCGGCAUUGAUUUUUAGAAGAAACAUCCUUAAAACCGAUUGGACUGUUGGAGUUGGCUCAUCCCUUAAUUUUUCAAGAAAGGGGAUGAACUUUGAUCUGGGAAGUGCACGUUUCAAUGAAUGGGUCUGGUGGGGAUUCGACGAGUUGUAUGUUCACUUUGUUCUGUUUUUUUCGGUUGGACUUUUCUGUUUUCUGUUACUAGUAAUGAUGACUUUUUGGAAGAGCUGAUUUUUAAGUAAGUACAUUUUAUUAAAUGAUUUAUUUAAAAUAAAUAUUAUAUAAAAUCAUUUAUUUAAAAAAAAAAUCACAUUUUGACAUUUUUGAAGUUGAUGUCAGUAAAAGCUUCAGUUUCGUCAAGGUAUGACAGAUUUGGACUCCCUGAACACGCUAUAAUCGACAGAAUUGAACUAUACUAAAUUUAAAUGCUCAGAAAUUAUCUUAAUUAACCAUGCGCAUCCCCUUAUUUUUGCUACCCUGACAAAUAAGCGUGGAUGCGCAUGGUUACUUAAGAUGUUUCCAUAGCAUUUAAAGGGGUGUCAAACUAAGACGUGACCCCGUUCGUUUGACAACAGUUGGUGUCAAACCAUCGGAGUUUGAAUGUAUUGGCAGGAAAUUUACUAAAAUUCAAUUCUGUCGAUUGGAGCACGUUCAGAGAGCCUUGACUAAACUGAAGCGUUAACUGACAGCAACUUCUAAAAUCGUCGCUAACAUUUCAAUAGGCGCUAUGUCUCACACAAAGCCUAUGUUUAUGGCGCCUAUUGAAAUGUUAGCGACGAAAUGUCGAGUUGUGAUUGAUUGAUAGCAAACAAUUUCUUAUAGAAAACAUGAAAAACACAAAAGGGCACAGAAAAAGUUCACUUCAAACCAAAAAAAAAAGUUCAAAUGUGCCCUUUUUUUCGUUAGUUUUUCGUAGUUGAGCAACGUUUUGUGUUAUAAAGUAAAAUUUUCAUACAAUCUUAACGCUGAUUAACUUCAAAACAAGGUUAGGUUUACUUUUCACCAAGGAUUUCUACAAAAAAUAGUUCGUCUUAUCUACAUUUUUCUAUCACAAAACUUCACCAAUUAUUAAAAUUACCACUGAAUUCCUCAUUGAAAUCACAAUGAAAGGGCCCGUUAACAUCAUUCAAGCAAGCAAAGAGGUAUUAGACUAUGGCAAACAAACAAACAAAUCCGCACUUUUUGUGUUUGACAGUUUGCCAAAUUCGCAAACGAAGCCAGGGUACAGGGUGACGUUUCUGCAUACAAAUGCAGGCAAAAAACAAGGCAUGCAAACUGUCAAAGAUUUUGUUUGUUUGCCACUCCUUCAGUGCUCUUUCAGUUCUUUUCGAAAUUGCAUAUAGAAAUUGCCCAUUAUGGACAACAGUUGGAAAAUUAAAAGGGCCUAAUGAUAAGAAAUUUUAAAUUAUGAGUUUUAUUUAAAAAAAAAUCCACAUAAAUUAAAAAGCAUCAUAAUAGCAUGAUAAUACAUAAUUUUUUCGUAUGAUCAGUGAAAAAAGCACCAGUCAAGAUUCUUUUUUAAAUAGGAAUUGAAACAAGUUGUCCACUUUUCGCCAGCGAUUUUCUCGAAUCGCAGUUUUGAUUUUGUGCCCUAAUGAAAUGAUUGGCUCGAUCUGUUGGAUGGAAGAAGAGUGGAAAUUCAUUCCUCAUCCGCCAUUUUCUUCAUGUGCAGAUUGAUUGUGAUAAAAAAAAACAAUAAAUCGUUUUUUUUUAAUUUUUGGUAAUUACAAAUAAUUGAAACACAAAUAAAGAUUCUAUGAAAAUGAACAUAAUUUUACCGAAAAUAAGUUGAACGAUAAACGACAUUAUUACCGAAAAUCGGGAAGAUUUGACCGCAUUUUGAAAAAGUAAUUUAAGUGUAUUGGCAUCGUUUUUUGGAGACAUUGUUGAAGAAAAAAUGUAAAAAUGUAAAUGAAAACUUGAAAAAGCAAGAAAUUAAGAGUUUCUAGUUUUUUUUUACAUUUCUAUCAAAAUAUUUCUUUAACAAAUAUUGUUAUAAUAACAGAAAGUGUUAUGGAAUCUUCUUGAUAAAUCAAUUUUUGCAUAAAGGUUUAAUAACAGUUUAUGUUAUCAUAACAAAAUUUGUUAUUGGUCUGAUAUUGGUUGAAAGCCAAAACAACUAUGGAAUAACAUUUUUUGUUAUGGAAGAAUACCUCCAACUAUUAUUGGAAUGAUCGGAUUAGUUGUUAAAAUAACAAAAAAUAAUAACAAAGAUUUGUUUGAAGAAUAACUAAAAAUUUUAUUAGUCUGUUAUUACAAUAACAAUCCAAUAACAAAAAAAUCAUAACGACGAAUAACAAAUCUUGUUAUGAUUAACAUAAAAUCUCGAACUUUUUUUAAAAGGUCCUAUAAACAAAAUUUUCACUUUUUGCUUUUUUGGUGUUUUGAAUUACCCCUGACUCAAGGCGGUUCUAAAAACACCUAAAAAGCAAAAAUUGAACAUUUUGUUUAGGCCGAUGCAAAUAUUUAGGUCAAGGGGGGGGGGGGCAAAAAAAUAAAAAAAUAUAAAAAUUUAAAUAACAAGCCAUAGUCUUCACAUUUAAAUGAAAAAAGUGUUUUAAAAUGCAUUUUACACUAGUUCAGUUGUUUUGCAAUCAUUAGUUUUCAAAAAAUCUAAGAUCUGACAAAAACAAAAAUUGUAUCGAAAAAAAAGAUUUUGCAUCGAAAAUUUUCAAAAAAUCUUUUUUAAUAAACCUAAACAUGCUAAAAAUGAUUUUAAACGCAGGAGAAUGUAUUUUAAUUUGAUUUCAGUUGGUUGCACUUGAAUUUUCAUUGAAAUUUUGAAGUUUAUUGUAAAAAUAUUUUUUUUGCCCCCUGAUUUUUCGGACCAGUUUUGAAGGGGGGGGGGGGGGAGGGGGUGACAAAAACUUUUAAAAAUAUUUGUAUCAGCCUUAUAGGACCUUUUCAAAAAAAAACUCUAGAAAUGUUAUUGGCCUAGUAUUUUCAAACAUCAAAAAAAUUCUAUUCCCACGUUAUUUCCGUCUGCUCGGGAAUGGGAAAAAAAUGCGCUUCAAAACGAGUCAUGUGGAAACAUACAGUUUGGGUUACCUUUCGAAUAAAAAAAAACAUGAGAGCCGAGCAGAAUUGGAAACAAAUUUCUAUGAAGAAACAUUUUUUUAGCAUUAUUUUUUAUUUUAUUUUUUGACACCGAAAGUUCCGCUCUAGUUUCCAUAACUUUGUUUUCAUGCUGAAAAUUUAAAUAGUGAACCAAACUCCAAGAACAAAAAAAGGACUCAUUCAACGAAGAACGUGCAUCUUUCCCCAAAAUAUUAGCAAAUUAGAUUCGCUGUGCGUUAGAAUUGACUGUUUGUCCCCCUGCCAGCCAGGCCCCAAAUGUCUGACCUUGCAGGCCAAAACGUGUUCUUUUAGCAAUAGGCUGUGAGUUCGCGCAUUGUACAGAAUUUCGUUAAUUCAAACACUUUUUUUUAGUUCAUUUCAACCUUGACACGUUUUUUUUAUAAUGCUAGAAAGCUGUACUAUUUCGUAAAAAUGUUUCGAUAUUCUGUAGUAGUUUUACGAAUCACGUGAAUUUCCUUCGUAUUUUGACUGUUCUUAAUUUCGCUCAAGUAUCAAAUUUGUAAGGUAGAAAAUGUUAUUAUUAAAUCACGUUACUUUUGAUCUCUGUCUGCAACAACCCCUUAAACUUGUCGUCGUCAGUAUUAUGGUUUACAUAUCGUACUGAGUGUGCGUGCACUUUUAGUUGAAUUGAUCACUAGAAUUACGUUUGGUGUAUUUUGUAAUUAGGUUCAAAGAGGUGAUUCUGUGCAUAGGUUUUAAAAAGAGUGGUGUUUGUUUGUUCCAUUUAAAAAAAAAUACUGUUCUUAGUUGGAUUUGUACAAGAGUUAGGACGUUAAAAAUGGGUAAUUUACUAACACAGUGGAAUCAAAGACCUGAACAUACCUUACUAAUAUUACCUUUAAACAAACAAACAAAAAUAGUACAUAGACAUAAUCACGCAACAACAACAAAAAACGGAAAGUUGUAAAAAAAUACAAAUCCAAUCUUACUGUUAAAAUAAACAAAAAAGAAUUGAAAUGAAAAUGCCAACAAACAAAAAAAGUCAUCUAUGUAACUACUCCAACUAAAUCAAACACAAACAAAGAAAAUAUGUAAUCUUGAAGAAAUAACAAAAAAAAACCUGCACACAAAUCGAACAACCUUGCAUUAAAAAAUACAAACAAAAAUAUAUUGGUAAUUGUAACAAAGACAUGUACAUUGUUGAGCUAACCAGACAGAGAAAAGAAAAAAACAACAACACAAAAUUGUGCUCUAUAGUUGCCGCAGUAGUGAUGAACCCGUUUUAAUUUUAAAACUCAAGCAAAAACUUGCACAUGUUUAACAGUUAGCCAUCCCGUUUUCCGAUCAAUGCGUAAGAUUUAAAAAAAGUUGAAAGCAUGCAGUUAAAAAUUGUCCUAAAUUUCUUAUCCUUGUUCUGAAACAAACUAAAAAAUGUUGAUGAAAAAAAUGCAAUACACUUGAGGAAAUUUGCCAGCAUAGCGCAUUAAUGUGGUUGAAAACCGUAGUGCUCUUUCUUUCCCUAGAAAAACAAAUCAAACAGAAAAAUAAAACUAGCGAUACACACACAGACACACCUUAUAACCUUUGACGAAGUUGCUCUUAUCCACAAACAGAAAAGAAAUCACACAACAAA